ACUCACACCAAAGGAAAACACGCGUGGCAAUUGCAGUAACAAGAUGGAUCAAGCAGUGGAAUAUCAAGACAAACGUGUGGUGGAAAUGUAGGGAGGGUAACAGGGUGUACGCCACUGUUGCUUCUUAGCAAUGAAAAGAAAAGAAAAGAAAAGAGAGAGUGUGUUGUGCUGCGGUGUGGGCGCAGUGAUGUAUGAAAUGAGGGUUGAUGUGGAUUGUGGAGAGGUAGAGAGAGAAUAGUAGCGCACAGCUACAAAGGAAUAUAAGCAAAUUACAAGAGUAAAGAGAGCUUAGAGGCUUGUCUGUUUCCUCCAGAGAGAGAGAGAGAGAGAGAGAGAAGAGGAGAAAGAGAGGUGAUGAAGUUGGAAGAGGAUAACAGGAGGAGCCUUGUCAUGGUAGAUGAAGAAAAAACAAACGGAGACACUCGCAAUAUUUCAAGCUUUAGAUUCUCUUCUCUUUUGGCCUCCAGAGAUCGCGACUUUCUUCUCUCCCAUGACGGAACUCUGGUUUUUCAUCUCUCCUUCUCUCUCUCUAUCUCUCUCUCUCUCUCUCCAUAUCAUUUAGCUAUGAAGUACAUGAGCGUGCCAUAACAACGCUCGUGUUGUAGAAGAUGGAUUAUUCUUCUUCUUGUUGGUUUUGGUGUCGCGGGGUGGGCGAAGCGGGUGUCGUUUUCUUGGAUAAAGGUGUCGUUUUUGUUCUAAGGUCCUGCACCAGACAACAUAGUGUUUUAAUCAGUAAUGGGUUCCCACUUCUUACCCCUCCAACACAGUGGUUGUCCGUGAACCACCGAGGUGAUAUGACAUGUGUCAUUACCUAAGGCUCCCUUUAGCCUUACAUCUACGCUAUAAGCAGGUCAAAGUUUCUGAGCUUGAAGGGAAGGUGAUAGGGCUAUACUUCUCAGCCAAUUGGUACCCACCAUGUAGAAACUUCAACCAGGUGCUAGCUGGUGUAUACGAGCAGCUAAAGGAAAAUGGGUCUAAUUUUGAGGUUGUCUUUGUUUCAUCUGAUGAAAAUUUGGAUGCCUUCAACAACUAUCGAGCAUUGAUGCCAUGGCUUUCAAUUCCAUUUUCUGACCUGGAGACAAAGAAAGCAUUAGACCGUAAAUUCAACAUUGAAGGUGUUCCUUGUUUAGUUAUUUUGCAACCCAAAGAUGAUAAGGAGGAGGCAACGUUGCAUGAUGGAGUUGAUCUCCUUUAUCGCUUCGGAGUUCAAGCUUUUCCCUUUACUAAAGAGAGAUUGGAGGAGUUGAAAAUGCAAGAAAAAGAGAAGCAUGAGAGCCAGACCUUGACCAAUUUACUAACAAACCAUGAUAGAGACUAUCUUUUUGCUCAUCCUGCACCUAAACAGGUGCCAGUUGCUUCGCUAAUAGGUAAAACAAUUGGACUGUUCUUCUCGGCCCAAUGGUGUCGGCCAGGCAUGAAGUUUACUCCAAAGCUGAUUUCUAUCUACCAUAAGAUCAAGCAGAUGCUAAGGGAGAGAGAGAGUGAGGACUUUGAAAUUGUGUUUGUGUCAACUGAUCGUGAUCAAGAAGGAUUUGACUCCUACUUCAAUACUAUGCCAUGGUUGGCAUUGCCUUUUGGAGACCCUACAAUCAAAACCUUAACCAAGUAUUUUGACGUGCAGGGUAUCCCUUGUUUAAUAAUUAUAGGUCCUAAUGGUAAAACCAUUACCAAGAAUGGGAGAAAUCUAAUAAACUUGUAUCAAGAAAAUGCAUACCCUUUUACUGAAGCAAAAGUGGAGUUGCUAGAGAAACAGAUGGAGGAAGAGUUCAAAAGCUUACCAAGAUCAGAGUAUCAUGUUGGACAUAAGCAUGAGCUGAAUUUGGUAACAGAAGGAACUGGAGGAGGACCCUAUAUUUGUUGUGAUUGUGAUGAGCAAGGGUCUGGUUGGGCAUACCAGUGCCUUGAAUGUGGGUAUGAGGUGCACCCCAAGUGUGUCAGAGUUGUGGAACCUGGCUCCACGCGUGCGAGAUGAACAAGUUUAUUCGUCUAUUUUAUAUGCUAAUCUACCUUUGCUUGGGUGUUACUGUGUUUAUUAAUGGAUUCUGAAAUGCGCUUGUAACUCCAGUGUUAACAUUUGAGUUUCAAGUUGGCUUUUAUAUUAUAGAUAAGAUGAUCAAGCCAUUAAUACUUUCUUGAAAA